AUUAUAUACUAUAAUAUUUAUUUGAACUUUUCUAGUCUUCAAAAUUAUAUAAUUCUACUGAGUACUGAGGGGAUCCACUUUCCUACAAAGGUGAAAGGUCCAUUGAUAUUAGCACAAAAUGUAACAAUAGAUUUUUAAAUAUCGAUUAAAACACCAUUAAAUACACAUAUUAAUAGAAUUACUACUUAAGUUACCACUACAACCACAGAUUAAUUAUUCAGUGUUAUUCAUUCUGUGCUGCGACUACCACUACCUACAAUUAGACAUUGUACUACUACUCUAACUGCAUAACUCAGUCAUUCCAUCAACCUCUUUUAGACGUAUUUUGUUGAAGUUCAUUUAUUACUGAAACCGCAAAAUGGAAUAUAGAUACAAUACAGAUAUUUCUGAUUAUAAAUAUUCUGUAUCAGAUUUCGUAUUAACGAGAGAACAGCGGGAUUUUUAUGAAAAAAAUGGAUAUUUAGUAAUUCCUAAAUUAAUACCUGAUUAUUUGUUGGACAGAUGCUGCAACCGAUUUAUGGACUUAUGUCAUGGCAGAGUUCCACGGAAUCAAAUAACUAUGAUGAAAGACAUAUCCCGCAUGAAAGUAGGUAAUCAAGGAGAAUACUUAUUUGGUAAAGCACAAGAUAUUCUCUGGGAUGAAGAAUUUUAUGAGUAUGCUAGAUUCCCAAAGAUGUUGGACUAUAUAGAAAGCUUUAUUGGACCUAAUGUUAUGGCUAUGCAUUCAAUGUUUAUUAAUAAACAACCAGAUAUUGGUACCAAUAGCUCUCGCCACCCAGUUCAUCAAGAUCUUCAUUAUUUUCCAUUCCGUCCUGCCAAUUUGAUUGUAGCGUCUUGGACAGCUUGUGUUCCAGUUACUGUGAACAAUGGAUGUCUAUAUGUAUUACCAGGAACACAUACCGGUGAUUUGUACCCUCAUAACUAUCCAGAACCCAAAGAUGGAGAAAUUAAUAAAAUGUACCACGAAGUAAAGACAAACAAUAAUCAUGAUGGUCAUAGAAAGGUGUUUUUGGAAAUGGAUAAAGGUGAUACAGUAUUUUUCCAUCCUUUGUUGCUUCAUGGAUCAGGAAUAAAUAAAACACAAGGUUUUCGUAAAGCAAUUUCUGUUCAUUAUGCUUCAUCCAACUGUAAUUAUAUAGACGUGUCUGGUACAACUCAAGAUAACAUAAAAAAUGAAAUAAUUGAUGUAAUGGCUAAAAAAGGAAUAACAAAUGUUGAUUACACGUUUGCCUGGAAACAUCGUUGUAGACUUAUACGCGGAGUCAAAGCAAAUUUGUAGAUGUAUAAUACAUUCUAAUAUUCAAAUAGGGUUGUGGAUUUUAUGUUACCUAGUUUAUGUUAUAUUUACAUAACUAACUUCUAAUAUUAGUGAUAAUUAUAUAAGCUUAUAGCACUUACUGUUUAAAUUAUAUAAUAUUUAUUUUAAUAUUUUGAUGGUAUUAGGAGGUACCUUAUUUUAAAAUUAUCUACAGUUUAUUUUUAUAUUCUUUUUUUAAAAAUGUAUUUAUUGGAAUCAAUAGGUGUAUGGGUGUAUAAUAGUUCUCAGUCAUUUGGACUUCAUACUUUUUAUGAGCAAAUAGGUAAUAUGAAUGAAACGUUAACAUAACAAUCAGCUAUUAUAAACACAAUUUUAAGACCAAAUGUAAUACUAUUAAUGGUGGGGUACUCAUAUGUUAAAAUAAAAAUACAACUUUCAAACA